AUGACAGACGAAAAGCAAAGAAGUACGGCGGUUCAGACCGUCGCCGCAGUCUUCCUGCCCAUCGCCACUAUCACGGUGAUGCUGCGCAUCUAUGUGCGCGGCUGGAUCGUUAAGGCAUUUGGAUGGGAUGAUGGGACCAUGGUAAUUGCACUGUUAUUCUACGCCAUGUUCUGCGGAACCAUGAUCGGAGGCUCGAUCUAUGGCACAGGCUAUAUGCUCGAACAUCUCGCGGUCGACAAUCGUAUCAUGGCAAUGAGAUACUGGUGGCUCUGCGAGAUCGCCUACUGCUUCGCCUCGGUUGGAUGCAAGAUCUCCGUCUGCAUCUUCCUAAUGCGCAUCACUAUCAGACCCCUCCACAUCUUCAUCCUCUAUACCGUCAUGGCCUUGACCGUCAUAGCAGGCCUGGUUUUCAUGUUCCUCAUGCUUCUCCAGUGCAAGCCACUGGAAUACUUCUGGACUCGGCUGGCCGAAGAUCCUACGAUCCAAGGCUAUUGCAUCGAUAUGAGCAUCAUCGUCAACAUGACCUAUGUCUACAGUGCAUUUGCCGCACUGUGUGAUUUCACCGUCGGCAUAUUGCCCAUCUUCCUCGUGCGCAAACUUCACAUGAAGCGCCAGACCAAGAUCGCCGUCAUGGGUAUCUUAAGCAUGGCUUGCAUUGCUUCAUCGGCGGUUAUCGUCCGUGUUCCCUUUGUCGAAUCAUUCCGUGACCCUGAUUUCCUCUACGCAACAUAUCAAAUCGCCAUCUGGUCCAAUGUCGAAGCAGGCCUCGGCAUUACAGCCGGUAGUCUCGCAACUCUCCGACCCCUCCUACGCAUCUGGACGGGCUCUCGCUCAGACCCAGAUUACUCCACUGGAUUUCCGGGUGGACGCUCACGGUCUGCCUCGCGCCAGCUGGGCGGCGGUGAGAACCGGCCUUUUCCUUUAGGCUCAUUGGAUGAGAGCGUGCAGUCUCACUUGAGACCGGAUAAGCUUGCUGUCACUGUCACGACGAUCAAGGGCCAAAGGGAUCAUGAUGAUAUCUAUGGCACGAGCCCGAGUAGCAGCGAGGAGAGGUUGACUAUUGACCGGCCCUCACCUCGGUUGCCGAAUGAUAUGGGGCUGGGGAUUCAUCGCACGUUUGAGGUUACGCAGACUUCGACGGAUAGGCAUGAUGCUGAAAGAAUUGCGAUGGAACAUGUAUAA